CCGGCCAGGUGCAGCUCUGCCUUCCUGGGACCUGUGCAACUCCGUGCUCUGCACACCGCCAGGAGGAGGACCCAUGACCAUGUUUAAGGAGAUGGUGACGUUCAAGGACGUGGCUGUGGUCUUCACCGAGGAGGAGCUGGGGCUGCUGGACCCCGCCCAGAAGCAGCUGUAUGGAGACGUGAUGCUGGAGAACUUCCGGAACCUGCUCUCGCUGGGUGAGGACCCGCGCUCUGUGACUCAGGGCGGAAAGAUACAAAGUAAAAUGAAGACUGUUUUGGAAGCAGAACCACAUGAAGAGCUUUCCUGCUGGCAGAUCUGGCAACAGAUUGCAAGUGACUUAACCCGGUGUGAAGGCUCCAUGAAAAAGAGUUCUCAGUUCCCCAAACAAAGUGAUUUACCUGGACAGCCUGGGACUGGACUAUCAGAAACUCACACAGGUCAGAAACCAGAUCAGUGCAGUGAAUUUAAGAAAUAUUUCAGUGAUGUCUCCAACUUUGAUCUUCAUCAACAAGUACAGUCAGGAGUGAAGUCUCACACGUGUCGUGAGUGUGGAAAAAGCUUCUGUUACAGCUCAGCACUUCAUAUUCAUCAGAGAGUUCACCUGGGAGAGAAACGCUAUAAGUGUGAUGAGUGUGGGAAGGAAUUCAGUCAGAGCUCGUGCCUGCAAACACAUCAGAAAGUCCACACUGUAGAGAAGCCAUUCAAAUGUGAGCAAUGUGGGAAUGGCUUCUGUCGUAGGUCAGCACUUAAUGUUCAUUAUAAAUUGCACAUGGAAGAGAAACCAUAUCGUUGUGACCAAUGUGGAAGGGCCUUCAUUCAUGCCUCCCAUCUUCAGGAACAUCAGAGAAUCCACACUGGGGAGAAACCCUUCAAAUGUGAUAAAUGUGGUAAGAAGUUUCGUCGUAGAUCAUCACUGAAUAGUCAUUGUAUGGUCCACACGGGAGAAAAACUGUUCAAAUGUGAGGAGUGCGGGAAGUGUUUCUUUUGUAGCACAAAUCUUCACAUCCACCAGAAGGGCCACACACGAGAGAAACCUUAUAAAUGUGAGGAAUGUGGGAAGGGCUUUAUUCAGCCUUCACAUUUUCGGGCCCAUCAGAGAAUCCAUACUGGUGAGAAACCAUAUGUAUGUAAAGUGUGUGGUAAAGGCUUCACUAUGAGUUCCAAUCUUCAGGCACAUCAGAGAGUCCACACAGGAGAGAAACCAUACAAAUGCGAUGAGUGUGGGAAGAACUUCGGGACGAAAACCCGUUAUCAAGUUCAUCUAGUGGUCCACACGGGAGAGCGACCCUAUAAAUGUGAGGUAUGUGGGAAGGACUUUAGUCAGAGAGCAUAUCUUCAGUCCCAUCUGAAGACGCACAGCGUAGAGAAACCAUACAAGUGUGAGGAGUGUGGGCAGGGCUUCAAUCAGAGUUCCCGACUUCAGAUUCACCAGUUGAUCCACACUGGAGAGAAACCCCACAAAUGUGAAGAGUGCGGGAAGGGAUUCAAUCGUAGAGCAGAUCUCAAAAUUCACUGCAGAAUCCACACAGGAGAGAAACCUUUUAAUUGUGAGGAGUGUGGGAAAGUAUUCAGGCAGGCUGCCAAUCUUCUGGCACAUCAGAGAUUUCACAGUGGAGAGAAUCCUUUCAAAUGUGUUGAGUGUGGGAAGAGCUUUGGUCGCAGUUCACACCUUCAAGCCCAUCAAAAAGUCCACACUGGAGAGAAGCCAUACAAGUGUGAGGAGUGUGGGAAGGGCUUCAAGUGGAGCUUGAAUCUUGACAUGCAUCAGAGGGUCCACACAGGAGAGAAACCCUACAAGUGUGGGGAGUGUGGGAAGCACUUCAGUCAGGCCUCAAGUCUUAAGGUUCAUCAGAGUGUCCACAGUGAGGAGAAACCAUACAAAUGUGACGUGUGCGGCAAGGUCUUCCGCCAUUCUUCACAGCUACAGUCUCAUCAGAGAGUCCACACAGGGGAGACACCUUACAAGUGUGAGACCUGUGGUCAGAGUUUCCGUUGGCGAUCCAAACUUUCACAUCAUCGCAAAACUCAUGGCGGCAGUACGGUUUAUGAAAGUAACAAGGGUGGCAGGAACAUGAAGGAAUUGUCCGUGGAAAGAAGUUCUCCAAAAUGACGUUCUGUGAAACCCUGAAUUCUCAUCAUCAUUGAGCCUCAUAAGAGAGAAAAUACUUGUUUUAGUUUAGUUGGUAUUUGAGCAAUAAUUAAACGUCUCAGUUUUCACCAGGUCACACAGUGGAGAACCCUUAAAUGGUGUGAUACGGCUUUGUUCAGAAGCACUUAGAUAGUACUUAGGAAGAGUUUGGUCUGGCCUUUAACACAAGUAUAAUGGUCAGCGUGCCAGAAUUCAUACCCACUAGAAUGUAAGCUGCCUGAGGGCGGGGACUUUGCUGCUAAAUCUACAUAGCCUUCAAAGCUGGAGGCAUCAUAAUUCUGGACUUCGAGUUAUGUUACAAAACUGUAGCAAACAAAAUAGUGUUGUACUGGCACAAAAAUAGACACAUAGGUCACUACAACAGAAUAGAAAACCCAAAAAUGAAUC